AUUUUAACUCUUUUGUCAUUUUCUGAGACUGUAAUAUUACUAGUCUUGAGACUAGUAAUAUCUUAUUUUUAUUUAUGCAGGCACAGAUUUGUUCUGAAAAAAUAUAUUUCUACUAGAAAAGUUUGUUUAAAUGCACUGAGAAGGGUACCUAAAAUCCAUUUAAUCUGAUGAGCAAAUAAGUUUUAUAAGUAUGUGAAAUGCAGAAAAUUUAAAAGUAUUUUUCAUACAUAUUCAUCAAGUCAAACUGCUUAAGGUUUGCUUUUAAAUGUAAGCAACUUAAAAAUGCAUUUGAAGACCCAAGUUAAAAAUAGUUGACUUGCUGUUUGCCUGUACCAAGGAGUCUAUUUUUGUCUUUAUUCAGUAGAUUGCACACAGGCAUUUCUGGGGGAUGUUUCAGGCCUCCUUUGUAGCAAUCCAGUCCCUGGAUUUGUGUGUAAAAUCAUUUUGGUUUGGUUAGCAGUCACGUUUCUUCCUGAUGUACAGAUGUUUCUAAUCGUAUAGAUAGGGAAGAAAUACAAAAGUUUAUUCUAACCCCUAAACAUGUUUUCAGCUUGCUCUUUUGAAUAGUGACUUGAUUUCACUGUGACUUUCUAAACUGCACUGAAAUUCAGGGGAAUGCACAUACUUGAAACAUCCUUUUAAUACUUGACUCUCCUUUGUACUUAUGGUUGAUAGAUUUUUCCCAGCACUACUGAAAAUAAACCCCAUCAAUAGUUCAUUUUUAAUGUUUUUAUCUAUAAACAUCAGUUUGAGGGUAGCUAAGAUUGAUUAGUGUAUCUCUUAAAAAUAAAAGAUGUGACACUAUCUGGAAAUAUUGUUCUUAGAGUUCAUGAGCAUGUUUUGUUGAAUUGAUUCUUUAUAUAUAUAGAUAUCUAAAACUGUAUAAAUUCUAUGUUUAGAACAUGAUAUAAGCAGAAAUAGAUUCUAUGUAUUUGUAUCUGUUCAGUAUAAUAUUUAUAUGAAAACCAUCCAUGUAAAACAGGUAUAUGGAGUAUGGAGAGAGGACUGAUAUCUCUUCACAUUAGUCUGUUAUUUUGUAGUUAGCAAGAGAAUUCUCUUUUGGUAAUCUGGAAACAAUCAGCCUCAGAUCAGAAUCUCUGAAAUUAUUUUUUUGUGCUUCUUGGAUAGUGUUCCUUUUUUGGAUAAGUGCACUGCUGUAGGUCUGGACAAUUGAUCCUAAUGAAGCAGGCUGCCUGAAUGAUCCUUUUGGGAUUUCAUCUGUGGUGCUACCGUGACAGCUGCUUGAAUUGUGGGGGUUUUCUCCUUUUCCCCCCUCUUGUUUGCAGGGAUUUUAGCUGCCUUGCAAUUAGCUCUGCCAAGUUAGAGGGUGGUGUUUCUACCUGGCUUCUGCAGGCUGAAAUUUGCCGCUUUUCCAGUCUGCCUGUUAAUCAUCCUAACAGCCAAAUUCUUGAGAUGCUAGAGGGCUCCUUUAAUGUGAGCACUUACCUUUCCUGCUUGUCUGGGGCCCAAUCCUGCACGCUUGAAGCAGGUUGGAUUUUUGAUACUGCCUCUGGUACUUGUAAAGUCUCUGUUGUGACAGGGACCUUGCAUUGCCAGGAGGUUGCAGCUUUCUCCCACCUCCCACACACACUAAUGUUUCUAUUUGCACGCUAAAAAUAACAGGACUGUAAGACCUUCCCUUCUUGGUGCACACACACACUUCUGAGGUCAGUGUUUGGAUAGGAAUGACUUGUAUGAGGAAGGUGAGCAGAACUUGCCUCUGUUUCUCCUCAGGCUGCACAGGUGCUUCCGUGAGCAUUGCCCGCAGCAGCAGCAAUUGCAAGUAUGGAUAGUUUUUGUCCAAAAUAUUGCAUGAAAUAUAUCAGAAUAUCUCCUUUGCAAGAUCCAAUUCAAAAUACAUCUAAAUAUGAAAUGGGAUGAUUUAAGUCUCUGCAGGGAAAUGAAAAUCAAGAACUGUGGAAUAAAUAAUUAUUUUCAGGCAACCUGAUAACCAUUUUCCUUUCCUAUAAUUUGCUAAGGAUUUAGCUUCUGUGCUUAUUAGUAAUAUGUUUUGAUUGCAUUCUUGUAGCAGGGAGGAUUAUUAAUUUGAUUGUGAGCAUUUCUUCUGUCCACAAAUAGGACAAAAGAUUGUGUAAUGCUCUGGAAUAUCAUAGGUAUAUUGCUGGUCUCAUGCCAAGAUCAUUUUCAGCAACGAGAUACAUAUCUAAAUAGAAUGCAUUAUGGUCAUUACCUUAAUAAAAUGUGAGUCAUGCACACCAGCACUUUCAUUCUUAAAAUACUUCAUUAAACUGGUAUAUCCGUUUGCCAAUGGAUAGAACAUAUUGUGGAAGACAAAUCUGUUGCUGUGUGGACAAAUAGUCUCCAGCAUUUUCCCUGAAGCUCUGUGCUUAAUUUAGCAAUUUAUGUGUGAGCUCACUAAUGAAAUUUUAAGUGUGCUUUCAUCAUGUACAUUAUCACCAAGUUUUAACUAAAACUACAAAUGUAAAGCUAUUGUAAAGUCUAUUCUGACUUAACAAAGUCCUAGAUUUUGAAUGAGACUGUUGGCUAAGUAUAUCAGUAUGACAGACAGAAAAACUGACUGCUUUAUAGCUAACUCUGUAUGUGAAGUCCUGUAACUAUUAAGAAAAGGUAGCAACUGAUAGCACAAAUUGCUCCAAACCCAGCAUUCAAGCCAAGGUUUAUGAGUAGCAAUUUAUGACUCAGAAAAAAUUUCACGUUCUGUCUUGAAAAAUAUAUGCAUGCUCUGGGAAAAUAAAAGGGAAAGUUGAAACUAUACAAGCUGUCAGACCACAUCAUGCGUGUCCAUGCAGGAGAUCAGCAGGUGAGUCAGAAAGAAUUUGGGAAGUAUUGCAUUUGGGGGAUGCUGUGGUACUUCGGUAUUUCAAAUGGAUUUUCUCACUUGCAGGGAAGAAGCAGUCACUUUGGGGAUGUGUAAAGAACAUUCAAAAAUGUCAACCUCUGACAAUGACAUAAAUUCCUGAUUAAAUAAAAGCUUGUAACAUACACUGCAAUUAGUCCAUAUAAUUUUACAGAUGUUGAAAAUAGUUUUCUAAUACUGAUUUUUGAAAACAGUUCAAAAAAGAGCAUUUAAAAAGCCCUGAUCUCUUCAUAGUACUGCAUCUUCUCUUCAUCCUGCUACCAAGUCUGUUACAGUAACAGUCAAAAUUAAUUUAUAAUCCACCUGCUUUCUGACAAGAACAGUUGUCAGUUUUUUAGCUGAUAUCUCUAUGUACUUGUUUGUACUGUCUUUGUGUGAAAGAACAUUUGGGAGCUGAGCAGAGGAAGGGAAUCUGAUUCAUAACAGGUGAAUAGGAACUCAAUUAGGUUCUGGUACAGCUGUCCAAAACAUUCAGUCUUUCUUGUGAGGGCAGGGUAUAUACAUGGUGACUGCAUUCUUCUUUCUUCUCAGCUUUCAUGUUUGCUAGUUCACUGUGCAAGGCUGGCGGAGAAUGGUUGAUUCUGCUGUAUUUCUUCUGUACUAAAAUUUGUAUAACCAUGGAAAAUAUGUCCACCCCAGACAGCAAAUAUAUUUUGAUUUCUUCCAUCAAUGAACAUCAUCUACCAUCAAGCACAUUUUCAUAGAAUGACCUGGCAGCUAAAAUUGUUCUUAAUAUGCUUUUUAAAAACAGCAUUUGUGUUUAUAGUGAUCUUUUUUAAAAAUUAUUUUGAAGUACAGAGUUUUAUGACCAGCUGCUCUCAAGUAUUUGUGCUUAAGAAUCCAGUUCUGCAUAUUCUGUGAACAAACAAUUGGUACAAAAUAAAGCUUGUUGUUCUGCAAAGUAUCUUACUGGCAUGUGUUGCUUUCUUCGUCCUAGAGGUGGGUGGCUUCUUCCAUUUUGUGUGUGACCGUGAAGCAUCUGCAGUUCCUGCUUGCUUUUUGAGUCUCUUUCUACAUUACUAUCAGCUUUUGACAGUGCUUUUGAGACUGGGGAGGGCAAACUGAGUAGAGGAGGGUUGUGCUGUUGAACAGGAAUUGUUUCACAACGUGCUGAAGAGUUUUAUUUCUGCUGCUGGUGGCAGAAUAAUAGUGGUGUCAUAUUAUUACUAGUUUUCAACACAUGCUUUCCUACAGAUGGUGGAGAUUAACAGUGCAGUGCCUGUUGUUUGAGCUGCAGUGCUGAAAACAAAAGGUUUGCCACAGCUGCUUCAGCUGCAGUGAGGCAAAGGCCCCCAGGGACCUUUGGAAGGAUCUGAUCUCUGUGCAUCGCUGGCCAAGAACAGAAGUUUAUGAACACUGUUCAUUUGUUUAUUUGUGACAGCUGGUUGUUGUCAGUGGUCCCUUGCAGGUCACACAUGUUUAAACUUAUUAAGAGAGAGCUCCUGCCCUUUCUUUUGUUUUUUUUGUUUUUUUUUUUUUUAACUAAAUGUUUUACUGAAUCCUAUAUGAGGUAGGGAAGGAUUUAACUAAUGUUUUCUAUUAGAUGUAUUGAUUGUGUGGUCAGAAACCUCAAGCACUCUAUGCAAGUGGACCCCAAACAUUUUGGGCUAAAAUGGUUCUCUGAUACAUUUUUGGAAGCCUCCAAAAGUCCAAUAUACAUGAGAGUGUGUUUCUGUGCUAAACUAAGCAGCAAAAUUUUCAUUGACAUUCACUGACACAAGAACAGCCCCUAAAGCUAUUGUUCUAGCUCAGCCUAAGUUGCAGUGGAAAGUGGUUUGGGAUAUUUCAGUGAAAAUUCUGAAAUAAUAUUUCUCCCUUGACAUCUGGUAAAUUGCAUAGCUGGAAGUUUCAGUAUGUAUGUGUACUCACUUUUAGAUCAGAUGUUUUGGUCCACUUCAUGCAGAUUUCAAAAUGCAUCCUUAUAAAGUGUAGUAAGGCUUCAAGAGUAAUCAGGAUAAGCUGGAAUAUUAAUGAAAUUUUUACUAGAGAUGUGAAACUUUUCCAUUAACAGUGAACUGAAGAUUACAGUGGAAAUGACUGUAGUGGAUGUUCCAGCCUUUUGGGAUUAAUUUUCUUAUUUAGUUUGAAUUAAAAACAAAAUAAAUCACAAUGAUGUUUACUUAAGGGAGUGUUUUCCAGAUUUUUCAUAAGGUUGAAGUUGUAAACUCUUAGAUGAUUAAUAUUUUUUUCAAAACCACAGUUAGAUAAGAAAAGUAAUACAAGAAGUGAUUGAAUCUUUUGCUGAAGAACAGGUAUCUAGCUGGUAAAUAUAUUUUUCAAAAGAUCCUGGGGGUGAAUAUACGAUCUAUAUGUAGGUAUAAAUCUUAGCAAAAAUAUCAACAUUUGAGAACAAAGAUACAUCCUUUACACACAACAUACAAGAAAAUAGUAGUUUUUCCAAUUAUCUUUUCCAAACAUUUUUGCUGGAAGCUUCAAGAAUGCUAAAUGAGUAUGGACACCUGGGCAUUUGAGCCUUUUUAGUUUGCCUUCCUAUAACUUUUUGUUAAGAAGUUGUAGGAAGAAGAAGGUGAGUGAUUCAUAGGUGUAUUUGAAAAUCUAUCUUUUUUUGCUAAAAGAAUAAAAAUCAGGAGUGGCCUUCAGGUCCACUGGGUGGGUACCAUAAAGUUAUUAUGAAUAUCUUGACUUUCAGGUAAUUUAUUGCUACAACACAUAUGAUUCAUAUAGGUUUCUGGUGAGUAGCUGGUACUGGACUUGUGACAAUCUGUCUUCUUCAGCAAGACCUGCUGUGUCAUAGAGAAACUUGUAGGAGGCACAAAUUUCUCCUCACCCUUCAGUGGCUAUAUACCUUCAAUAAUACUAGAAACCACAUAAACCUAAAAAGAGUAUCCAAACACUUCUUUCUUCCCAAUCCAUAGAAGAAGCAUGCAGUGGCUUGAUAGAUGCUGUGCUUGAGUAUCUUUGUUCAGCUGGAGUGAGUUUUUUGUCCAAUUGUGGUAAAUAAGGGUUUUGUCUCUGGCUUGGAGCCACAUUUUCAAUCCUUUAAUUUACUUGGGAUUUUCUUUUGGCAGGACGGGAUGUUCUGCUCUGUCUGUGAAAAUGUCUUACUUUAUUGACGAGUUAUGAAGGUCAAGAGAAACACUCAGGAAGGGCCACGUCUGAAGGGCCAAUUCAGUACAGCCUGGCACCAACACAGACGGACAUCAACACCAGUUCCAACUCGGUGCCCCUCAAAUUGAAGGAAAUGAAAAACCAAGAGGCUGCUGUGGGUCAGAAGCUAGUGCUAAGGUGUGAAACCACUUCAGAGUAUCCUGCACUCAGAUUCAAAUGGUUAAAGAAUGGAAAGGAAAUAACCAAAAAAAACAGACCGGAAAAUAUCAAGAUCCCAAAAAAACAAAAGAAAUACUCUGAGCUUCACAUUUACAGAGCUACGUUGGCUGAUGCUGGGGAAUACGUAUGCAGAGUGAGCAGCAAGCUAGGAAAUGACAGUACUAAAGCCAGUGUUAUCAUCACAGACACCAAUGAGAGUACCAGUAAGAUACCAGUAUCAACAGAAGUGACAAAAACUUCUUCACAACCCAUGCUUAGGAUACAAGCUUCAACAGAAGGAACAAACACUUCCUCCUCCACUUCCACAUCUACAACUGGGACAAGUCAUCUCACAAAAUGUGACAUAAAGCAGAAAGCCUUCUGUGUAAAUGGGGGAGAGUGUUACAUGGUUAAAGACCUUCCAAACCCCCCAAGAUACCUGUGCAGGUGCCCAAAUGAAUUUACUGGUGAUCGCUGCCAAAACUACGUAAUGGCCAGCUUCUACAAGCAUCUUGGGAUUGAAUUUAUGGAAGCUGAGGAACUGUACCAGAAACGGGUGCUGACCAUAACUGGCAUUUGCAUUGCUCUUCUAGUAGUUGGCAUCAUGUGUGUGGUGGCCUACUGCAAAACCAAGAAGCAGAGGAAAAAGUUGCAUGACCGCCUUCGGCAGAGCCUGCGCUCAGAAAGGAACAACGUGAUGAACAUGGCCAAUGGGCCACACCACCCCAACCCACCGCCCGAUAACGUCCAGCUCGUCAAUCAGUACAUUUCAAAAAAUGUAAUCUCCAGUGAGCAUGUCAUCGAGCGAGAAACAGAGACCUCGUUUUCUACAAGCCACUACACCUCAACAACACAUCACUCCGUGACAGUCACCCAGACACCCAGCCACAGCUGGAGUAAUGGCCACACUGAAAGCAUCCUCUCUGAAAGCCACUCGGUGCUCGUCAGUUCCUCCAUGGAGAAUAGCAGGCACGCCAGCCCAGCAGGGCCCCGGGGCCGUCUCAACGGCAUCGGUGGGCCAAGAGAAGGCAACAGCUUCCUCCGGCAUGCGAGAGAAACUCCUGAUUCCUAUCGAGACUCUCCUCACAGUGAAAGGUAUGUCUCAGCUAUGACCACACCAGCUCGCAUGUCACCUGUUGAUUUUCACACUCCAACUUCUCCCAAGUCCCGCCCCUCCACAAUGUCACCACAGGCUUCCAGCUUGACCGUCUCCAUCCCUUCAGUGGCGGUGAGUCCCUUCAUAGAAGAGGAGCGACCUCUGCUCCUGGUGACUCCACUGCAGCUGCAUCAGAAGUAUGACCACCACCUUCAGCAAUUCAACUCCUUUCACCACAAUGCCACCCAUGAGAGCAACAGCCUGCCACCAAGUCCUCUGCGGAUCGUGGAGGAUGAGGAGUAUGAGACCACACAGGAGUACGAACCAGCACAGGAGCCUCCAAAGAAACUCACCAACAGCCGGAGGGUCAAAAGAACAAAGCCCAACGGCCACAUUUCCAGCAGGGUGGAAGUGGACUCUGACACAAGCUCUGAGAACAGCAGCUCUGAGACCGAAACAGAAGAUGAAAGAAUAGGUGAGGAUACACCAUUCCUGAGCAUACCGAACCCCGGGGCAACUGGUCUGGAGCCAGCCACUGCCUUCCGGCUGGCUGAAACCAGGACUAACCCGGCAAAUCGCUUCUCCACACCAGAAGAGUUACAAGCAAGGUUGUCCAGUGUCAUAGCUAACCAAGACCCUAUUGCUGUAUAAAACAUAAAACACAUAGAUUCACAUGUAAAACUUUAUUUUAUAUAAUGAAGUAUUCCACCUUUAAAUUAAACAAUUUAUUUUAUUUUAGCAAUUCCGCUGAUAGAAAACAGGAGGGGAAGAAAACUUUUAUAAAUUAAAUAUAUGUAUGUACAAAUGUGUUAUGUGCCAUAUGUAGCAAUUUUUUACAGUAUUUCAAAAAUGGGGAAAGAUAUCAAUGGUGCCUUUAUGUUAUGUUAAGUUGAGAGCAAGUUUUGUACAGUUUCAAUGAUGGCUGUCCCAUAGUAUUUUGCAAAACCUUUUAGCCCUCAGUUGUCCUAGCUUUUUUGUGCAUUGCAUUAUAAUGACUGGAUGUAUGAUUUGCAAGAAUUGCAGAAGUCCCUCUGGUCGCUUGCUGUAGAGUCUAAAAAUCAGAAAGCCCUGUAAUGGCACUCUCACCCUACUCCACCAGAAAAACACACGUAUACACACACACAGAGUCAGAAAGGAAAAAAAAAAUUUAAAAAAAAAAAAGAUUAAAAAAGUAAAAAAAAAAAAAAAAGUUUCCUAUAUGAGAACUUUUAUUUGCUUUCCGUAUAUGAGAUGAGUUUUGUCUGCUCUCUGCCAGCCAAAAGGUUUGCUUCUUUGAGCACUGGGAUAAUAGUAGAUCCAACAGCAUGCUACUAUUAAUUACAGCAGGAUAACAAAAAACAUACAAACAAAAAAAAAGCCAACCUGCAUUAAGUAAUAUUACUUAUAGAAAGAAAGUAAUACUGUGAUUUUAAACCAAAUAUAUUAUUAAUCAGAGGUCAGCUUGUAAUCACUAGGAGCUGCCAUUUCAUUAUUUUCCAGAUAUUAAUUGUUCUAGUUAUCCCUUAGGAAAUGGGUUUAAGUUAGCUGAGGCUUUGAACCCAAUAUUCUAUUCAAACAAAAAAGAAAAAAAAAACAAGAAAAUAGGAAAAAAAAAAAAAAAAGAAAACAUUUAUAUUAGUUUAUGUUAAUGGGGCAAAUAUAAUAGAUAUCUGUAAUCAAGCAAGGAAGAGAUCUAGCUGGAAAACAAAUGCCACUAAUAAAAGUGCAAUCAGUUUUCACCUCUAUUUCUUAAUGUUGAUUUCUAAUACAUGACUUAUUCUUUUGUUUCCACUGAAUUUUCUUCCCCUUUUUCCCUUCCUCAGAAAGAACCCUGACAAGCUUCUAGCAAUACCUUGUUAGAGCUGCUGCUGGAGUAAGGCUUACUCUUGGACAAAGAAAGGCCUUUCAGGGAAGAAGAACAUGAUUUGCUGAAUGGUUAAGAAGUACAGGCAUGUAGGAGGGACAAAGCAGAUGUGUGGAGUUUAUUUCCACUCACCUUUACUGACUCCAUUACUUGGGUUGAGAGAGGCAAGGCUGAUGCAGAGCCCAUUUAUGAAGGCAAGCACACCAUGUGAGUUACAGCCCUAGUAACCCAUGUGUGACUAUUAAAUAUCAGUGUUUGUAUAGCCAGUGACAGUCUUGAAGUCAUUGACUAGUAAUGAACAAGGAUACUGUCAGUGCUGGAGCAGAUGCAUCCAUCCAGACAGAAGCAAAUGGACUCUUUUGCACUGAAUUCCUAUCAGUUUAGUCAGGGUCACUCUGCCUCUUCUAUACUUUUGAUUUUUUGUUGUGUGUUCAGUUGGCACAGCAUUGACUCAGGAUUGAUGUGGAAAACAAAUGUUUUUCCUAGACUCUGGGGAUUCUGAAAAUGAGAACAUGUGUUUUACAGGUAUUACUGAGCUCUAAAUAAGAGCCCUGUCAAGACAAAAAUAAUUUCAGCCAAACUACCCUCAUCCUUUGGGCCACAUUCUGGUCCUAGUUAAAUGAAGAGAAAUAUAUCAAGGAAAAUCUGUGACAUGCAAACCUGAGGUACAAAAGUCCCAACUCAGUAAAUUGUUCAAGCAUAUGCUUAAUCCCAGCAAAAGUUACCUUUAGCAUGUGCUAGACUCUCAUUGACACAUCCAGCACAUGCAGAAAGUUAAGCGUGUGCCUUAGAGUUUUGCUGAACAAGGUGUCCUAUCAAUUUGAGACUGAAAGCAAAGCAUAGCAAAAUAAGAUCUUUGCUAGGAUGACAAAAAUCAGUGAGUUCCUCACUGUAUAAAUAACCAUACCACAUUAGUAAGAACAUAGGUGAGUCUACCUGAACACCAGAUUCAGCAGAAAAAGAAGAAAAAAAACCCCUUAAUAUAGGGAACAAAGUUGUCCACUAGAAUGUCAGUGGUAGAACCAAAAGGCUAGGAAACUAGCACAGCUUUGGGCUGUGUGGUGGCUGAAAUGACACUGCUUAUUUGAGAAAUCUGUGGAAGAUGGCAAAUACAUACUGUCUGGACUUAAGUCCCCUUUGCCAUUUUUUCCUAGCUGGCAUGUACUUGAACACACUUUGCCUUUGCAGACUGAAACAAAAGCUUUCUACAAAUUCUAUAUGCCAUAUUCUCAUUUUCAUCCCUUUAGUCAUGCCUAUUUAUCUGCAAUCCCAUGCAGCAGAAUAUCCAUCUCUCUGAUUCUGCAACUCAGUAGUAGAGAGGGUCAGGUGGGCUUUCCUAAUGAAGGCCACAAGUUUCCAAAAGAUCUGCACUGUUGAUUUUCCUUGGGCACUUGAAUAUCUGUCCCUUCAGGAAAGCCUCUGACACUACAAAGACCUUGCAGGACAGAUGAGACAGAAAAAGGAUGGCAGAGAAACAAGAGAUUUGCCCCAAAAUCACCCAUCUUAAUGGCAGAAUAGAGAUUAUAAGACAGGUCUUUUGUAAACACCUCCAGCAUAUAUCAACCACAGGCCAGCUCUCGCUGAAGUAUCUAUAAUAGCCCAGACAGAUUAAUGAGGAUGGAAAGGGAACAUGCCUUGACAUUGAGUAAAUGAUUUGACUACUAACACUGUUAUUGUGGAGGGACAGUACAAAAAUAAAGGAGCAGUUCCAUAUUUGGGAGCUGUACAUUUGAGAUUUAUUUGGUAUAGGUCUAGGGAAAAAUGUCACACAUCUUCUGUUGCAGUGCCUCAAAGUCAAAUUGUUGUGCAGUUCCAGCUAUUCCUACCCCUCGGAAUAUACACAGUGUGUUAUAGAGCAAGCAUGAAAUUAGGCUGGAGACUUCACAUGGACCUAAGAACAAGAAAAUACAAUUGGGGAUAUGGCUGCCUAAGCCCUUAGAUCUUUGUGGAGAACCCAGCCUUACAGCACAAUUCAUGCAGCAGUGAAUUCGGGAAUUGCCCUGGCUUGGCACACACAGAAGCAGGAAGAGGACACAAACCCUCACCUCUCAGCUUGUGUUUAUCACACUGUGAGGGUGUUUCACAUCAGUCAGGUCCACACCCAGAAGUUAGUGAGUCUACCUGGCCUCAGGUGCUGCUGGCAGGCUGCAGCUAGUUCCUGCUGGCCAAGGGGCUGGAGGUUGCAGCAGCACAGAGCAGAGCCAGCGAGUGCCUAUGGAAAAGGCCAGCUCCCCUGCUGGGGAUAUUUGCUUCAUUUCCCAGACUUUUGACCUAGGCAGUCCCAGCGCCCUUGAGCCAUCACUGUAUGAUGCUUGCCAAUUCUUUGGCUGAAAGUCAUGGCAAGAAGAAACAUACUUUGAAGAGGGGUGAAAUAUUCCAGUGGUGGCACAGUUGUUAAGAUUGUCCUGGUUUAUUUCCAUGUCAUUUAGUUUGAGCUAUGAGUUUUUCCUGUGUAUGGGUUUAUAUGCAGGAAUUGUUCCAAGAUGAAAGGCUUCUUUCAAGAGUGUAUAACUAGAUUAUGUUGUGCACAACCUGGUACAGCCUGCCUGUUUAAGGGGUGUAAAGCAUUACAGCUCCAUACAGGUUCUCAUGCAACAGAGAAAAGCCUACUCCCUCCUUUUGGCCCAGUUAUUCCCUUCCUCACUUGAGCCACCCCAAGACACCCAGGUUUAAGAGAUCAAUCACUGCCUUUAUCAGGGAAACAGGAAAGCUCCUUCUUUCCAGUACUCCAAAACAACAAUGCUGCAUCUCCUGCUUCUCUCACACACAUUGCAAGCAGUUUCCUGACAAUCCAGGAUAGCAAACUGGUGUCUCCUCAAAGGACACACCUCUCAGCCUGUUGAGCACUUCUUGGCCCUGCAGUGUGGCUACUUACCUUUACCUGGGUCUUACUUAUAGUAAGGAACAAAAAAGCACCUAUGAAAUGCUGCAGAGAAAGGCAGACAAAGAACAUGGCCAAUUAUCAUCAUUUGUAAUUCUCUAUUCUAUUGUAAAUAUGUCUUGUACAUAUGUGGAUGUUUUCAUUAUUUACUGUCUUUAUGGAUAUUGUGUUAAAUGAGACGCUCUUAGUUUAUUGUGUAACACUGUAAAUAAUAUAACAUCCUUUAUUAUUUAUGCAUAGGCAUCUAACAUUCAGAGAAAGUUAUCCUCAUAUUAUUUUAAGAUAUAUGUCAAAAAGAUGUUGCAUUUUUCCUUUUGCUUUGAGAAAAUUGUAAUAUAUCCUCUUUUUCACCUCUUUUCCUUAAAAAAAAAAAAAAAGAAUGCUAAUUUAUUGUUCAGGAGAGAAAGGGGAUGUAACUGAAAGGCAAACUGUUCAAAGAACAUGCUGUGGAAGCCACAAGCUACUGAUAAACUAAAGAAUUUAUUACCCCAAAUACAGCAAUAAGUAAUUGUUGAUUUAUUAA